AUGAUCAUUACAUACCCAAUGGAAGGAGUACGAGAGAUGUCAGAUGAUGCCGAUUAUCACGAACCGGGGGAAAUACUCCAGCUUCAAACGCGACGUCAGACAGAAGAAGCCCUUCGCAGUUCUUAUUCGCUUACGGAGAAGUUCUGGAAAGUUUGGAAGGAACAGUACCUCACAGCUCUGCGAGAACAACACAUACGAACCUUACGUGGGAAUCCCGGAACACCAAAACAAUCGGAACCCGACCAAGUAGUAUUAAUAGCCGACCAAAAUGCAUCGAGAAACACGUGGAAAAUAUGGUGUGUAACAAAAGUCAAAGCUAAUGCAGGCGUAAUACGGGAAGCGGAACUGAUGCUACCAAAUCGGCGUACUAUCAGACGCCCCAUAAAUCAACUUAUCCCACUCGAAUUCACGGGUACCUCAGGGGAUCAGGAGGAACCGAAAAGACAAGAAGGGGACGGAAAUGAAUCGCGGGAAGAACCAUGGCUAGAGCCGCAGCAGCACGAAAUAAGACACGGACAUGAUCUGAGGAACCGAUCCCGAGUGAACUAUCACAAGUUACACCACGGAACAGUGUGGACGAAUACAUCACCUACUUCGACCAUAGUGGCACAGCAUCAGGAUCAAAUCGACCUUCAUACAAGUCACGGAUCUCCUACACACUCUCCCAUCUCGCGGGCGGGAGUAUAG